AUGGCAACGACGUCAAGCACGACAAAAGCAAAGGUGGACAACAAUAACCUAACCAAAACAAAAUCUAUCGGUCGAAAACCAAAGCAACCAUCUUCUGUGUCAUCAGAAGAUGGAUCUGAUCAUAAACCGGAGAAGCCUUUGCCAAACUAUUUGAAACCAACGAUCAGUUCAAGACCUGACCCAGUCAAGUUCUUGAAGAAGGAUGAGCAGGAUAACCAGAAGCUUCUCCGUAGAAGAUCUUUUGAUCGACCACCAUCUUCGUUGACUUCUGCUUCUACUCCUUCUCCACGUGUCCAAAAAACCCUCAACGUAUCUCCUUCUCUGCCACGAGACAAACCCGCGGUUCCUAGAGAGAAGCCUGCCACAGCUCUGCGUUCUUCUUCUUUCCAUGGAAGCAGAAGUGUUCCCAGAGGAAGCGCUCCUGUGAAAUCGCCUCAUGUUGCACCAAAGAAGAGCGGGUUGGGCAGUAGUAGCAGCACUUCUUUGAAGAGCAAGAAGAAAGUUCCUGAACAUGUUGCUGAAAAGAAUGCACCUGAGAAAGAGAUUUCCUUGGAUACUGCUUCUUUGUCAUCUGCUCAGGAAGAUGAAGAGGAGGUUGUGAAGGUUGAGAGGGAUGUACAAGUUGCUGAGGAUGUAGAAGAACCCAAAGAAGAAAAGGAAAAUGAAAAGGUGGGUGUAGAGGUUGUGCAUGCUGAUGUUUCUGGUGAAGAGAAUGAGAGUGGUGGAUCAACAUUGGUUGCUCCUGUUGAGGAAGACAUUGUUGUUGCCAAAGAAAAUGAAAAAGAAGAGGAAGAAAGAAUAUUGAUCAAUGAACAUAACUCAGAAGAGAAAGUAGAGGAAGAGAAGGAACAAGAGAACAAGGUUGAACUCACUGAAGAGGUUACACCAAAGAUUGAUGAAGAUGAGACUGUGGAGAAGGUCGAUGCUGACAUGAAUACAAAAGAAGUUGAGAAGAUCGAAGAAGUUGAAAGUGUGGAAGAAAAAGAAGAAGUGAAAGAAGAAAAGGAAGUGAACAUUGAGGAGAAGGAAAAGGAUAAAGCUAAGGAAGAAGAAAAGGUGGUGAACAUCGAGGAGAAGGAGAAGGAUAAAGUUAAAGAAGAAGAAUCAGGAGAAGGGAAGAAGAAGGAAGUAGUGAAAGGUAAGAAGGAAUCUCCAUCAGCAUACAACGAUGUAAUCGCAAGUAAGAUGCAACAGAACCCGAGGAAGAACAAAGUUUUGGCUCUUGCUGGAGCUUUUCAAACCGUUAUUGAUUAUGAAACUGCCGCAUCUAAGUGA